AUGGCGAUGGUUAACAUUCCUUCCACGAACACCGACCCGAGUUAUCGGUACAAGAUGCCGAAACUCAUCUCGAAGGUAAAUCUUUACGCUCUAAUUAUAAAGAACAUCGCUUUUAUUGUUCAUGCACCGGCACUGUUUCAUCUGCUGCAUCAGGAACGUAACGAAGACGAACGCAUAGUCGCACCGCUUUUUCUACCUGAACAAAGUUUCGUUGAAGUGCAAACUCUAUCUGAAAAAUACAAUAAACCGAUUCACCAGGUCGAGGGUCGUGGUAACGGGAUUAAGACAAGUGUGGUGAACUGCAAGGAGAUUGCGACCGCGAUCAAGCGGCCGCCGGGCUACAUCAUGAAGUGGUUUUCCUGCGAGCAGAACGCGACCUCCACCUACACGGAGAAGGACGGGGAGGGCCAAAGAGCCAUCCUCCUGGGCGCCCACCAGGCCCCGGAUCUGCAGGUCUCCCUGGACAAGUUUCUGAGCGUCUACGUGCUGUGUCCGACCUGCGGACUCCCGGAAAUGGAUUUGAAGUACUCAAACGGUUUACUUUUUGCUCCUUCCAUUGUGCGUGCACCAGAAUUUAUGAGAAAAUUUUUUGAAUAAGCUCUUACAUCUUACGUUUAAGGUUAUCAUCGUGUAGCUUUUUCUUUGAACGAGCUGAGAAAAAUUAUCGCAGGACCAACAAGAAAGCGGAAGAGAUCAGCGGUGCGUGCGCGGCUUGCGGCUGGUCCGGCCUGCUGCAGGACGCGACCAUCCACCGGAUGGCGGCGUUCGUGUUCAAAAACCCUAUGGACGGCGGCGGUGAUGACAGCAAGCAGAAGGGAAAAACGAAGGAGGAGCGUCGCGCCGCCCGCGCAAAGAAAGCUGCGGAAGGGAACAAGGAAGGUGCGGUUUGUUGAUAGAACUUUUUUCAUUCGAAUAAACAUAAAGGCAUUCACUUACAUCCUGAUUAUUUUUGCGCAUGUACUAGGUAUGCAUUCGACGCACUUUUGUUUCUUCUCAACUGUAGUUGACCUUGGUGGAUGAUAGAUCACUUUAGUUUGUAUGCAAACAUAUUGUGAUUCCACAGACGCCGGCGAUGCAGAGGCCAAGAAGAAAAAGAAGAAGAAGGCCGCUGACAGCGACGCGGACGAGGACAACUCGGACUCUGGUGAGACGAAAAAGAAAAAGAAGAAGGACAAGAAGGAGAAAAAGGAGAAGAAAAAGAAGACCCGGGAGGAGUCGGAUGACGGCGGCGACCAGGACGGCACGCGUGCGAAGAGCAGCGACGACGAGGAGAACCAGCACAAGGACGAGGACACGCUGACUUUCAUCGAUUCCUUGAAAGGCUUGAAGGAGGGCGGAGCCAAGGAAUUCAUCGAGGAGGUAUGAAAAUUUUUUAGCACGAGAAAUAAAAAGAUGGCUUAUGUUUAUACUUUUUUUUAGCAUGUUCUUUUCUUAAAUCCUUGCAAUUCUUGAUCCAAAUAAACGACCUAUCCCAGUCCCGGCUUCUGAAGAUUUCUCGGCAGAUGGAGAAGAAAUUGUUUGCGUACGCCAUUCUGGAGUCCUUGUUUCCGGACGAAUCCUUAUCUGCGAAAGCCAUGGAAAAGGCCGAGGACCUGUUCGCCGGGGUCGUGCGGGAGGACAAAAUUCCGAUGAAGGAUUUGAUGUGGGCUUUCGAGCUCUACAUCUCCGAACACGAAGCCUGCCUGAAAGGGUACAACUAUAGAGUUUUUUUGUAGAAUCGAAGUGUCGAUGACCACGUCUUUGCGGAGAUUCAAGAUUGCGGUGCUGUUGUAAAUAAAGCAUUGAAUAAUGAUCAAAUAGUGCUGUUUCCUCGAGUAGAUGAAGAUUUUUGUUCAACAUAACUUAUCGCUGAUCGACAUCACAACUGAAUCGAAUUAUUCUUGACAGGUUUCCGAUGGUUCUGAAGGCCAUGUACGAUAUGGACUUAAUCGAGGAGGAGAAUUUCCUCCCCUACUAUAACGAUCCGAAGGCCAACAAGAACCACCCGGGCCACGACGCCGUGCACAAGAUCGUGAAACCCUUUGCGGAGUGGCUUGCCGAAAACUCGGACUCCGACGACUCGGACUAA